AUGGCAGAUCCAAUCCUUCCCUGGUGGUUCGGUUGUUGAUGUCGCUGGGCGAGUUGGAUGGUGGGGCUGCAGGCGUGUCUUCCCUGGCUGAGGGUCUCGAGAAGGCCGUGUUCGCAGCGGCUGGCGCGCUGGCGGAAGUCCACGCGAAGAUGGCCGGCGCCCAAGAUGGCCUUGGCCUCGGGCCUCCCAUCGACCACACGGAGGCCUCCGAUGUCCUGUCCUACGUCACCGACGUCGCCGUCAGCGUUGGCUCUCUCCUCCAAGCCUCCUGUGGUGUACGUGCUGUCGGCAGUGGCGCCGGUGGAGGAAUCGGGUUGCUGGCGCAGCGGCUUCAAGGGUCCGACGGCGAGGUUUCCCCCGAGGGGCUGGCGGCGGCGCUGGCCCUGACUUUCGAGGCCACGCUGCCCGCCCUGGAAAGCUUUCUCCUGGCGCCGACCUCCUCCGGCAAGGUCGGGGCACCUGACUCCGAGAGCGUGAGAGCGAGGGGGCGCGUGGCGAGGCAGUGGCUCCUCCGGUGCCUCCACGGGCUGAUAGGUCCGGUUUUUCUGCAGCCGCUAGGCCUGCAGGAGGCGUCGCCAUCUGUAGCGGGGAGCUGGGACGGAGACGGGGCAGGACAUGCCGGGGUGGCAGACGGCCUGUUCAGCUUCGUCACCUCCGUCACCGCCGCCUCCGGCCACCUCGCGCCCACCGGCUAUGCGGGGGCCCUCCUCGGGGAAUACAACCGCUGUUUCCACCUCGCCGACGCCCUCGACCAGGCCCAGGCCCUCGGAACGCAACCAAUCCCGCCGCAGUCGCCGUCGGAGAAGCAACGGACACCGCGGGUGGGUCUAUCGCCGGGCGCUGUUCUCGGCCCCGAGCGCACGGAGUACCUGACGGGGGUCCUCCGCGCCCUACCCGUUUCGGAGGAAGGGGUUUCGAAGGAGGCAGAGGCAGCAGCGGCGGCGGCGGCGGCGGCGGGGGCGAGGGCGAGGGCCAUGUCGGCGGCGUUGGACAUGGGGGGAGGGGAGGGCCGGGGGGCCGGGGGGGGCGGGGGUGGGGGGGUACCCCCUCGCGACCCGGAGGAGCUGGAGGAGAUGGUGAAGAGCGUGCAGGCUGUGCUGGGGGGCACGGGGGAGCCCGGCGGGCUCGGGGAAGGGUUUGUGGAGGCGUGCCUAUCGGUGCUCGGGUGGUCGCCGCAGGGAGUGAUCGAGGCCGUCCUAGAGGACCGGUUGCCACCGCAAGUUGCCAACCUUAACCGUGGGCUGCGGCGGGCGUGGAAGGGCAAGAAGGGAGACUUGGACAAGGCCUACCGCGUGGACAAGGACCUCGCGGCCGCAGAGGCGAAGCGGCUCAUCGCCAUGGAGAAGCGGCAAGAGGAUGACGCCUACCUCCUCUCCAGGGAGUACGACGACGACUAUGACGACCAGGCAUGGCGGGAGUAUGAUGACCGCGAGGUCGAUGUGGGCGGCGGCGGCGGCCGCGGGUCCGACUUCGAGACGGUGCGGAGGGUCAACCAGCUCGUUCGGCAGGAGGAGGAGGAGGACGCCUGGUGGGAGAACAACAAGAACACCAACCUCAGUGUCGCCGCUCCAAAAGGCGGGGGUUGGCGGGCGAGAAGCCAUAGAGAACAAGGAGAAGAGGCGGAAGAGAAUGACGCCCAAGAACAAGCUUCUUCUGCCGGUGGCGGUGGCCGCGGCGGCGGCGGUAGAGGAGGCGGCCGGGGAGGCGGACCACCCCCAGGGGGCAAAGGGCGAGACGGCGGCGGCGACGGCGGCCGCGGUGGCGGCGGCAGCAAUAGAUCGGGGAGUAGGGGUAGCGGAGGGGGCGGCAGGGGGGGAGGGGGCGGGAAGGACGCCGAGAGGAUCCAGCAGAGGCGAAAGGCGGCGAACAAGGCGGCGGUGGGGAACCACAACCGCAAGAACGCCGCCAGGAAGAAGGAGGCCAAGGGCAUGUUCUGAGGGAGGGAAAGGCAGGCUGGCACGCCUUGGUGGUACGAAGGGAUAUUACGGGCCUGUUCGGAGGGAAGGCUGGCACACCUUGGGAUUUAAUAUCGGCAGCGGAGCUAUGUAGCCCCUUCGUUCGUCACCACCGACGGCCGUUGGUCACUGCUAAAACAUGUAAAGUGCUGCAACGGAUGUUGCAUGCUCGUGUGCUGCAGCCGCGGCAGCAGCCGUCGCGGUGCGUUUGGUUGUAGAGCGGUUUAAGAACAGCGGAUCGUGCUCGAGCUUGUCGUCCUACAGUAGGUAGAAGCGUUUUCGACAGCUUGGAGGACAUGCCUAGAGGCUGUUUUCUGCAUCAUCGAUGGUGUUCGAAGCUCAAAGCCCCCUACGUACUUAGGCUCAGACGUGAUUCGGGAAUCAGCUCACACCCGUCCCCCUCUGAAAUGGGAGCCUCUGCAUUUCGUUCCCCUACGCUGGGUGGGUGUGCGUGUGUGCGUAUGAACGGCGACAGCACACAAAACCGCCUUUCUCGACAUUUUUUCUCCUGCCUGCUAUGACUUUGAGACGUGCGCGUGGAGGUCCAAGAACCAAGACGGAUGUCUGUUGCCUUCCCCGGUUGGCGUUGUUCGAACGGGUUUAGUUUGGUGUGGGUUUUGCUGACAGGGACCCGCUGGGAGCUCGUGACCGAAGUUUUCGGACGGUCCGCGUAUCUAGAAGCCGACAUAUUGUUGGGUGCAAGGUCGCUAUGCGCACAGGUUCAAUGAUCUUUUGACAGCAGCAAGGCCCCAACGCAUGUACACGGGUGCCGACGAAUGGUUUUGGUUGCAAGGGUCCCUACGAACACGGGCUCAUGUGCUCCUUAACAAUGUGCGUGUCCACAUACAAAAGAGCAGUGCUGCUUCGAUCGCCGUUUCGCGUGAAGUCUGGGACCGAGGGUAGUCUCGGCCCAAGCUCCACGAUGCCGUACCAGGACUAGGCCCAGGCCCAUUCUCCUCCUUUUUUCGACAGGCUGAUGCUCUUUUUUUUGUGCCAAAUCUGCUCGAAAAUCUGCCCGAAAGUGUCAAUAAUAACAUGCUCAUUUUGUCGCUGAACCUGCUUGAUUGGGCGAAUUCUGCUCGGAUUCUGCUCGAAAUUUCAAUCUGAUUUUCUGCUUUUUAACGCCCGAGCAGAAUGGUCCUGGGCCUAGGCAGGACCAUGCGGUUCACAGCCGAUGUGGGAUGCACCCUCCUUUGCCCAAACCCCCUACACGGGGCCCCUUUCUUCGCCCCCCAGAAGAAGACGACACUCACGAAAGUCACACGAGUCCCGGCGAGGGACGUACAUUCCUCGCCCAAAUCUUGUGCACGAGGUCACUUUUCUCCGUCUCACAACAGCUGAGCGGCGCACCUGUGUUGAUGGUCCUAACAGGUCGUACGAGAGAUCUUCCGGAAAAAAAAAUAACAAAAAAAGUUGAUAUCGCUCUCCGCAUGGAUAGCUGGAUUCAUCAUAGGACUAGUUGGUCACCUCUAUCGUACGGCAAUGCACCUUCCCAUGGCGAGCACAACAAAUCCGCCGAAUGUUGCUCCGAAACAGCCGUUUCUUGGCGGGGAACUAAUUCUGUUCUACGCCUCUAUCCUAAACCCUCCAGCCCACCCCUUGUUCUCGCCCUUCUGCACGCCAACAUACACCCUCCUGACCGGACACACACCAAACACCAUCCAGCCGAUGACGAUGCGCUGCCCAAUCCAUCCCAUGAGGGUGCGCCAUGGUCACCGCACCAUCUUCAUGUCGCCGGGCGACAUCCCCCUCUCUUGUCUCUCGCCGCUUGCCUAACGCCGCUUCCGUGUGUACGGGCAUCUACACAAUUUAUUUCAUGCGAAAGGCACACGCAAGACAACAAGAGGGCCCUGGGGGGGGG